UUAAUUUUUGUUUUUCAGCCUACAAGAACAUCAUCAGAAAGUAUUUAUUCCAGACCAGGCUCCAGUAUACCUGGCUCUCCAGGCCACACUAUCUAUGCAAAAGUAGACAAUGAGAUCCUUGAUUACAAGGAUUUAGCAGCCAUUCCCAAAGUCAAGGCCAUUUAUGACAUUGAACGUCCAGACCUAAUUACUUAUGAGCCAUUCUACACUUCCGCCUACGAGGACAGACAGGAGAGACAGAGUCUUGGAGAGUCUCCAAGGACAUUAUCACCUACCCCUUCUGCAGAAGGUUAUCCAGAUGUUCGGGAUCGCAUGAUUCACAGGUCUACUAGUCAGGGCUCCAUUAAUUCUCCAGUGUACAGUCGGCACAGCUACACACCCACCAUGUCACGUUCCCCUCAGCACUUCCACAGACCUGGCAAUGAGCCGUCCAGCGGUCGGAACUCCCCUGUCCCUUACCGGCCCGACAGCCGCCCUCUCACUCCAACUUACGCUCAGGCCCCUAAACAUUUCCAUGUUCCAGAUCAAGGUGUCAACAUUUACAGAAAACCACCAAUCUACAAACAACAUGCUGCUUUGGCAGCACAGAGCAAGUCCUCCGAGGAUAUCAUCAAGUCCUCCAAGUUCCCAGCAGCCCAUGCACCAGCACCCAACGAGAUACCAAAGAUUGAGACGGACCACUGGCCAGGUCCUCCCUCCCUUGCUGCCAUAGGAGCUGACAUGAGACGCAGAUCAAGUGGAAGAGAGGAAGAUGACGAGGAGCUUCUGAGACGCCGGCAACUGCAGGAGGAGCAGCUCAUGAAGCUCAACUCUGGUCUGGGACAAUUGAUACUGAAAGAAGAGAUGGAAAGGGAGAGUCGCGAUAGGUCAGCCCUUUCUGGCAGUCGUUACGAUUCUCCAGCACAUGCUUCAGCGUCCAAAACCUCUUCUCUCCCCGGCUAUGGAAAAAAUGGACUUCACAGGCCGGUGUCUACAGAUUUUGGUCAGUACAACAGUUACGGGGAUGUGAGUGGCGGUGUUAGAGAUUUCCAGUCCCUUCCGGAUGGUCAUGUCCCUGGAAUGAGAAUGGACAGAGGAGUAUCUAUGCCUAACAUGUUGGAGCCAAAGAUUUUUCCAUAUGAAAUGCUCAUGGUGACCAACAGAGGGCGAAAUAAAAUACUAAAAGAUGUAGACAGAACCAGGCUGGAGCGUCACUUAGCACCUGAAGUUUUCCAAGAAAUAUUUGGCAUGACGAUACAGGAGUUUGACAAGUUACCUCUCUGGAGACGCAACGACAUGAAGAAAAAAGCCAAACUCUUUUAA